AUGACUGAUAAUAAUAAUAACUCUUACUGGUCAUGUGACUACAAAUCAGGUAUAAAUUCAUUAAAACAACAAUCUUUUAAAUCAUUACAACAAUUACAUGAAACUCGUAAAUUAGUUUAUAAUUAUAUGAAUUAUUAUCAUUCAAAUAGUCAAUAUUUAAAUAAAUAUAGUAUAGAUAUGUUUCCUAUAGAAUCUAUAUUCUUUCCAUAUACUACCACAACUACAACCACAACCAAUAACAGACCACGUAUUCCUUCUGGUUCUUUUAGAAAUUAUCAACAAGUUACUCAUACUGCUGCUAAGGAUACUGCUCCUGCUGCUGAUGCUGCUACAAAGGAUACUACUGAUACUCCUGUUGUCACUCUUGAAACUGGCUAUACCAAAUAUAUCGAUCAAAUGGCAUGGGAAUCUCGUUUAUUACUUCAAUUGGCAUCUACUAUCGAUAAAGAUGUAUUGGAAGAUUUAAAAUUGUAUUUAAAACAUCAUGAACCAAAAAUUCAUCAAGAAUUUAAUCGAUUAGAAGAAAUUUAUGAUGACUAUAUUGAAUGCCAUAACAAACUUCAGAAGAUUAAAUUGAAAUAUGAAGAACAAGUUAGAUUACAAGAAUUUAAUAAUUCAAAUAUCGCUAUUAAGAUUGAUAACCAAGAUGAUGAUAAUGAUGUGCUAUCUUCGGCUGAUACUCUGUAUGUUGAAGAGGAACCAAUACCAGAACCUAAGGAACCAUCCCCAGAAUCUGUGUUUAAUUUCCCAUUACCCAUUGGACCAAUUAAGAUCAACAAUAAUGAAGAAUUAAAACAAUUUAUCUCCCAAUUGAUUAAUCAAACUCCAACAAUUAAACGUAAAAUUCCAUUACCAGGUUAUAGAAAUGAAACUUUUAGUAGUGAUUCAUUAUGUAAAGUGUUAUCAAAAUUAAGAAUAUCGGGUUUUACACCUUCUAGAGCAAAUUUAGAACGAUUUGGUCAAGCUUUAUUGGAUUUAAAGUUUUUGGUGUCUACUAGUUUCUUAAAUAAGAAAUUUAAGAGUGAAGGGGUUUGGUUUGAAUGGUCUGAUUUAGCAUUUUUUGUAUCUGAAUUUAAUAAUGAUAAUAGUGAAGCACUUGAAGUUAUCACUUCAAGGGGAUCGGGUACGCCAUCAAUGGAAACAACUACGAAAUUUAUUAAUGAAGUAGCGGAAACUACCAAAAGAUUUGAAGGAAUGUUUACUUCUAUGAAAAGUACAAUUCUCAAAAGUAAUCAUGCUGAACAAAUGAUUGAUCUUGAAGAAAAAUAUAAAUUUGAAUAUUUAGAACUUCAAGAAUUGAAAUAUUUAUUAGAAAAUGGGAUUUCAUCAAUUAUUCAAUAUUUAGAACGAUUUGAAAAGGUUAAAAUUGAAUUAAUAUAUCGUAGUUUAUCUCGAUUACUGGAGAUUUUGGAUAGAUAUAUGAAACAACAACUGAAACGAAUUACAGAUUUAUCAACUGAUUUCUUAACGAGAAUUAAUCAUUCUAAGAAUUAUAAAUAUGAUUUCGAUUGUCAGGUGGAUAAUUUUGCCACUGGGAUAUAUUUCCCCAGUAUAGCAUCUCCAGAAUCUAUCAAAAAAGGAGGUGGUGAUGUGAAUUCAAGUUUUCAAAAUUUGAAAUAUAAAUUCAAUUUAUAUAAAGAUUUCCCCCUUCAACUCCAACUUAAUUCCUCCACCACAACAGAAGAACAUCCUGAUUUGUUGUCCACUUCAUCAAUUCCUUAUUUCUUAUUCGAGAUCAUCAAAAUCAUAGAAGGAAAACAACCUGAUCUUGAAUCACUCCAAUCUCAUUGGACAUCUCCCUUGAAUUAUCAAACCUCCUGGAAGAUAAAACAAGACAUAACCCUUCUCCUAGCCGACACCCCCAUCCCAUCCGAUGUCGAAAUCUCCGAAUCAGGAAUCCAUCAAGAAUUAUUACUCAGAGUAUUAGACUACCUCCAAGGAUUGGAAAUUGCCGACUUGAUUCAAUUCUUUCGGGAUUGGAUAUUGGAAAUUAGUGAUUCUAUGAUAUCUUUCAUCAUCUAUGAUUCAAUUAUUCAAAUCUAUGAAAAACAAGAAGGAUUUGAUGGGGUUAUGAAACAUCUUUCAUCUAUCCCAAGGAGUAAUUUAUCUAGUUUGAUAUAUUUAUUGGAACAUAUCGCUAAGGUUUUCCAAAUUGAUCAAAUCCCAAACUAUUCCGUCUCCGAUGAAUUCGGGACUGAUAUCCAAGCUGGUGAUGAUGAUGAGAAGAUUGGUGAAGUGGUUAAGAAAUUGAAUUCGAUGGAUAUGUUGAAUGCUAUCCCGUUCGUGCAUUUAAUCAUGCGUCCUUCGACUGCAAAACAUUCAGAAGGGUUUAAACCACCUUUGGAUAUUUAUGAUAGAUUAUUGGUCGAUUUAUUGAAGGUUGAGAAUAGGAUUAGGUUAUGUCAGGUGUUGGUUGGAUUGGAACAGAAAUGUAGACUUCGAAAACAGAAUGAGAAAAGAGAUGGUGCAAUUGCGGUGAGGAAAUUAUCUAAUUCUAGGGUUGAUGCUAUCGAUUCGCUCACCACUCCGGAAAAGCAACGUUCUGGGUCAACGUCCAAUGGUGGAAAUGGGAAUAAUUUGAGUGUAAGACCUACGAGUGAGGAGUUUACCUUGCGUCCAUUUAGAACCAAGGCGACUCCCCAGCCUAGUCCACAUGGAUCUCCUAGAACACCAGCUGCUGCGGUAAUUGGUGGCCUGUCGGGGUUGGAGAGGUGUCCUAGUCCGUUGAAGUUGAGUCUGUCUACUUCUACUUCUACUUCUACGAAUAACUUCGUGGCUCCGAUGAUUGAUAUUGAAUUUGAGAAGGAGAAAUAG